UCAAUACACCGGAUAUUUGACCUCAUCGCAGGUUCUUGCCGACUACUCCAAGCUCAUAGACAAUAUCAAGUCAAAUGUGAGCGGUGCUCGCUAUAGUCCAGUUAUUGCUUUCGGCGCAUCAUUAGGAGGUCAGUAUGCUGCCUGGAUGAGGAUGAAAUAUCCAAGUGUAGUUGCAGGUGCAGUUGCAUCCUCGGCCCCAAUCUUCCAGUACUCUGCAGACUGUGGGACACAGUACUUUUUGGUGACUAAGGCCUUUGAAAAAGAGGGAGGCCACGAAUGUGUGGAAGUUAUACGUCGUUCUUGGGAUAUUCUUGACAGACUCAGUCGAAAUGAAGAAGGCUUGAAAUUUAUUUCGAAAACGUUUUCCCUAUGCGAAACGUUGAAUGAAUCAAAAGAAAUCUAUCAACUUCGCGACAAGUUGGCGCUAUCCUAUCUUUUCCUCGCCAUGGAGAACUAUCCUCACCCGACUUCCACGAAACCUCCGUGGCCCAUUAAGACGGUUUGUGGAAACAUCAAGAAUGUUAAAGACGACGAUAGAGAAUUGUUGCAGGAUUUAUCCAACGCUUUGUCGGUGUACUUCAAUCAUACGAGAAAGUUGAAGUGUCUUCAUUUACCAAAGGAUGGAAAGGAGUUCUUAGGUAAUGUCAAUGAUUUAGAACCCAAUCUUCUGGAUGUCUAAAUAACGUGUGUCAAGGUGAGGUGAGGCCAUUGAACUAAAAUACAUGAAACGCUACCUGUAAUAGA